UUUAUUGUUUUUUUUUUUUUUUUUUUUUUUCUUUUCUCUUCCAUUCUCCCAUACCUACGGCUCAGAUGCGUUCGUGGGUCACUCAUUGUACCGUCGCUCUCUUUCUUUUUUUAGUGUCCAGGUCGAGUCUCCGGAUGAAGCCACACGAGAACUUUUCGAUAUAGUUUCUUCCCAACAGACAGGUGUUUUGUAAUUUAAGCCCAUCCGAAACUCAUUAACGAUGGUGGCCUUUUUUACGCCUCGCCGUACGGGCAAGCGUCUGAUUCUUAUGUUGGCUAUUGCCUUGACCGGAACCUUCUUCUUGUCCCAGAUCCUCUUGACCUUCUCGCCCUCGACGCCAUCCUCUAUUGAGCAAACAUCAUGGUUAUCCGGCUGGUUCCGUCGGGACUGGGCGCGCAGGCAGGAGAACUUCCCUGUUAACAGGUCUUUAAUGGUCCGACCGCCAUCGCUUCCUCCGCGACGCCUGCCGCGGGUGCAACACAAGUUUGCAGCCCCUGAUGCAGAGUUCCGAAAACUGCAGGCGACCAGACGGGCGGUCGUGAAGCAGGCCUUUGAAAAGUCGUGGGGCAGCUACCGUAAAUACGCCUGGGGUUACGAUGAGCUGCUCCCCGUGACGCUUGAAGGUUACAACAGCUUUGCCGGCUGGGGAGCCACGCUCGUUGACAGUCUCGACUCUCUAUGGAUCAUGGGAAUGAAGGAUGAUUUUGCCGAGGCCGUAAAGGCAGUCAAAAAAAUCAACUGGUCCAAGUCAAGCGGUCUUGCGUGCUCACUCUUCGAAACCAACAUCCGCUACCUUGGCGGGUUGCUUUCGGCCUAUGAUUUGAGCCAAGAGAGAGUACUGCUCGACAAGGCCGUGGAGCUGGCACAUAUGCUAUACGCAGCGUUUGACAAUGAGUACAGACUGCCAGUGAACGCAUUCAAUUUUGAAGACGCGUGGUAUGGGGACCUUCGGCUUUCGUACAGGGAAGUGGCCGCUGCAGUCGGCUCCUUGUCCCUCGAAUUUACCAGAGUGACUCAGCUCACGGGCGAUCCAAAGUUCUACGAUGCCAUUGACAGGAUCAAGGUUCACUUGAGCGAUUCCCAAAACGAGACACGAGUGCCUGGGCUGUGGCCCAUUUCCUUUGAUUUGCAAAACGGAUUCCAAGCGCAGGAUACCUUCUUCACUCUUGGCGCGCAGGCGGACUCACUGUAUGAAUAUCUGCCAAAGAUGUACGCCCUGCUUGGUGGACUGGACCAGACGUAUGCAACCAUGCACAGAACUGCAAUGGAUGCAGCCGAAAAGCACAUACUCUUCCGACCCAUGAUACCCGACAAUGACGUGGACAUUUUGUUCCCUGGAAACCUUCGAGCCUAUGUCUCUUCCGGCGAUGUUCAGCUGUCGCCUGAAGUCCAACAUCUUGGCUGCUUCACCGGUGGCAUGUACGCACUCGGAGGCCGUCUACUCAACAACGACAGCCACGUCGAGCUGGGCAAGCAGCUGGCCCGCGGCUGUGCCUGGGCAUACAAGGCGACCGUCUCAGGCAUCAUGCCUGAGGUUGGAUCCAUGGUGGCAUGCGAAGAGCCCAAGCUGGCCAAGUGCAAAUGGAACAAGUCCAUAUUCGAGGCCAAGGGUGGUGGCGGUUCCCGAAACGAAGGAAUGCCCGCAGCGUUCGCGAGCAUCACAGACUAUCGGUACAUCUUGAGGCCCGAAGCCAUCGAGAGCGUCUUUAUCCUCUAUCGAAUCACGGGCGACCGGGAAUGGCUGGACUGGGCCUGGGAAAUGUUCGAGUCGAUCAAAAAGGCCACCGAGACCGAGAAGGCAUUUUCAGCCAUUGCAAAUGUUUUGGCGCCUGGCAGUCGCACGAACAAAGCCGAUGGCAUGGAGAGUUUUUGGCUCGCAGAAACGCUCAAGUACUUUUACCUAAUCUUCUCUGACCCGGAUCUGAUUAGUCUGGAUGAUUAUGUACUUAAUACGGAAGCACACCCCUUGAAGAUUCCCAAGCCGACGUAGGAGACGGGGCUUUUCUGGGAGCAUGGAAAAGAGUAGUGCUUGGGACUCAACGAAUCUAUCAAGAAUCGCCGGCAGAGCCUUGUAUUUUAGCCGAAAGGCUAUCGUACAGCGAGUUUUGACAGAUAAGUAAAAUGGUUUUGUCAUAAUGACAUGAGAUUGUUUAGAAGGGGCAGAAUGGCAAAUUUGAACGAAACUGACCAGGCACGGAAAUGAAUCAUACCUCCGAGGAGCUAAGCAAAGCCUCCAUGUAUGUCAGUAGAAGUCCCGAGCUUCGUGACAUUUGCCAACAAGUCUUGGUGAACGGAAAAAAUUCCCAGCUUAAAUUGAAAGCCAUACAAUCCUAAAACUUCGCUCUCCGAGG